CUGUAUCUCCACCCGGAACGUGGCCGCCAGCCCCGGCCACGGCAAGACCUUGACCAGCUCUCCUCGAAGUUCCAGCAGCUGAGCAUCGGCCAGGAGCAGGAGCAGCGUGUCUGGGCGCUGCUGGAGGAGCUGGGUGAGGGCCAGGCCACCACCGCCAGGGAGCUGGCCAGCCGACUGCGCAUAUCCAAGACGCACGUCAACCAUAUCCUGUACUCCCUGAAGAGGGAGGGGCGGCUCCUGAAGCAAGAAGGAAGGCCCCCCCUGUGGAGGGUCGCGACCACCCCUCAGGCUCGGCACCAGCCACCUGGCUGGCCGGGCGGAGCACCGACACUCUGCAGCGGGGACAGUCCCCACGGGCCCAGGGCCCGGCACGUGGAGACUGGAGACCAGGACCCCACACCUGACCUGCAGGGUCCUCCUGAGCCCUUGGACAUGGCCGAGCUCAAGGAGAAGAUCUGUGACUACCUGUUUGACACAGCCAACUCCUCCAUCGUGAACUUGGCCAAGAACUUGGGCUUCGCCAAGUACCAUGACGUCCACACGGCGCUGCUGGCCCUGGAGCAGCAGGGCGACGUCUGCCAGCGGGGCGCCACCCACGUCUGGUGCCUGACCGAGAAGAAACGGGCGCGGCUGCAGCUCCGCAAGGGGCCCCGUGGCGCUGCCCAAACCUUGUGGGCAGGGCGCAACCCCGAGCCCGCUGCCUGCCCGCUGCCCUCACCCCCCACUGCCCCCAAAGUCCCCAUGGCCACGGCCGUGAAGGUGGAGAACGGGCAGGAGGCGCCAGCCGAAUCCCCCAAGCCAAAGCCACCCCCCACGCAUCCCAACGGCCCCUCAAACCCCGGCUACGCCGAUGCCGAGAACGGCCAGUGGGCCACUGACGACAUCCCUGACAACCUGAACAGCAUCCACACGGCGCCCGGCGAGUUCCGGGCCAUCAUGGAGAUGCCCUCGUUCUACAGCCACGGCUGGCCGCGCUGCUCGCCCUACAAGAAGCUGGCCGAAUGCCACCUGAAGAAUCCCGUCAGCGGACUGCUGGAGUAUGCCCAGUUCGCCAGCCUGACCUGCGAGUUCCAGCUGCUGGAGCAGAGCGGGCCGCCCCAUGAGCCCCGAUUUAAGUUCCAGGUCAUCGUCAGUGGCCGAGAGUUCCCCCCCGCCGAAGCUGGCAGCAAGAAAGUGGCCAAGCAGGACGCCGCUCUGAAGGCCUUGAAGAUUCUGCUCGAGGAAGCGAGAGCCAAGGACGGUGGGAAUUCCGAAGAACUGUGCCAGGAUUCGGAGGAGAAGGAGGCAGAGAAGGCAGCAGAGCCCCCCUCUCCCUCCCGGUCGGUGCCCUUGUUUUCAGGGAAGAGCCCCGUGACCACCUUGCUGGAGUGUGUGCACAAGCUGGGGAGCUCCUGUGAAUUCCGCCUCCUGUCCAAAGAAGGCCCCGCCCAUGACCCUAAGUUUCAGUACUGUGUGGCCGUGGGGACCCACACUUUUCCCACGGCCAGCGCUCCCAGCAAGAAGGUGGCCAAGCAGAUGGCCGCCCAGGAGGCCAUGAAGGCCCUGAGUGAGGAGACGAGCAGCUCAGGCCACUUGGCAUUCUCCGAGGACCAGGCUGGAGGCACCAGCUCGGAGGCCCUGGACGGCCUGGAGUCGCUGCUACCCAGCGGCAUGCGGAGGGUCAGCGAGCUCGUCCGCUACCUCAACACCAACCCCGUGGGGGGUCUCCUGGAGUACGCCCGCUCCCACGGCUUCGCGGCUGAGUUCAAGCUGGUUGAUCAAUCGGGACCACCCCAUGAGCCCAAGUUCGUUUACCAAGCCAAAGUUGGGGGUCGCUGGUUCCCCGCCGUGUGCGCGCACAGCAAGAAGCAGGGCAAGCAGGAGGCGGCCGACGCAGCGCUCCGUGUCCUGAUUGGGGAGAACGAGAAGGCCGAGCGCCUGGGCUUCACAGAGGUAACCCCCGUGACGGGGGCCGGGCUCCGAAGAACUAUGCUCCUCCUCUCCAGGGCCCCAGAGGCACAACCAAAGACACUCCCCGUCACGGGCAGCACCUUCCACGACCAGAUUGCCAUGCUGAGCCACCGUUGUUUCAACGCCCUCACCAACAGCUUCCAGCCCUCCCUGCUGGGCCGCAAGAUCCUGGCCGCCAUCAUCAUGAAGAGGGAUGUGGAGGACCUGGGGGUGGUGGUCAGCCUGGGGACAGGGAACCGGUGCGUGAAGGGGGACGCGCUCAGCCUGAAGGGAGAGACCGUGAACGACUGUCACGCCGAGAUCAUCUCCCGGAGAGGCUUUAUCAGGUUUCUGUACAGCGAGCUGAUGAAGUACAACCCGCAGACGGCAAGGGACAGCAUAUUCGAACUGGCCCACGGUGGAGAGAAGCUGCAGAUCAAGAAGAACAUCACCUUCCACCUCUACAUCAGCACGGCCCCGUGUGGUGACGGCGCCCUCUUCGACAAGUCGUGCAGCGACAGAGCCAUGGAGAGCCCGGAUUCUCGCCACUUCCCUGUCUUUGAGAAUCCGAAACAGGGCAAGCUCCGCACCAAGGUGGAGAACGGGGAAGGCACGAUCCCAGUGGAGUCCAGCGACAUUGUGCCCACGUGGGAUGGCAUCCGACUGGGUGAGAGGCUGCGGACCAUGUCCUGUAGCGACAAGAUCUUGCGCUGGAACGUGCUGGGCCUGCAGGGGGCGCUACUCACCCACUUCCUGCAGCCUGUGUACCUCAACUCGGUCACACUCGGCUACCUUUUCAGCCAAGGACACCUGACCCGUGCCAUCUGCUGCCGUGUGACCAGGGAUGGGCGUGCAUUUGAAGAUGGGCUCCGAUACCCUUUUAUCGUGAACCACCCUAAGGUUGGCCGCGUCAGUGUCUAUGACUCUAAGAGACAGUCUGGGAAGACCAAGGAGACAAGUGUCAACUGGUGUCUGGCCGAUGGCUAUGACCUGGAGAUUCUGGACGGGACCCGGGGCACUGUGGACGGGCCGCGGAAUGAGUUGUCCCGGGUCUCCAAGAAGAACAUCUUCCUCCAGUUCAAGAAGCUUUGUUCCUUCCGGUGCCGCAGGGAUCUGCUCCAGCUCUCCUAUGGCGAAGCCAAGCGAGCGGCCCGCGAGUACGAACUGGCCAAGAACCACUUCAAAAAGAGCCUGAGGGACAUGGGCUAUGGGAACUGGAUUAGCAAGCCCCAGGAGGAGAAGAAUUUCUACCUCUGUCCCGUGUAGCCUGGCUGAGGCCGGCCCUGAGGGGAGCUGGGGUCCUGUGUGCCUGUCACACAGCUCACGGGCGAGUCUCCCUUUACCUUUCCCCCAAUGGAACCACAACUGGUUAUGCCGAGGAUGGGGGCUCCCCACUCUUCCGAGACUGGGCCACUGUGGCCCUUCUCUCCCCUGUGACCCAGGGGCAAGAGGCGGGUCUCUGCCCCCGCCCUGCUCUGCGCCGA